CGAUGUCGUACCUGAAAGUUAUGAUCAUAUGGAACAUACUAUGCAUAUCCCUGGUGGUUCUUUCACUGUCCUUGAUUCCAGAGGUGUCUUCUCAAGAUGUAUCGAGCUGUACAGGGAGAUGUGGGGCAGGGUAUUCUAGAGAGCAUGACUGCCAGUGUGAUUUUAACUGUCACCACUACAUGGAGUGCUGCCCUGACUUCAGGAAAGUCUGCACAGUGGCCGCCUCCUGCGAGGGACGCUGCUUCGAGGCCUUCGAGAGGGGCCGCGAGUGCGACUGCGACGCCGACUGCGAGCGGUACGGAAAAUGCUGCCCGGACUACGCCAAGUACUGUAAAGAGGCACACACAGAAAAGCCAACCCCGGAGACUCCUCCAGACAACAAAUCUAAAAGGUCCUCCACAGAUGAGGAAGAGUCACCAGAGGAAGCUGUGGAAGAUCCUGAAAUCCCAGUGACCACUCCUGCCCCAACCACAGAACCUGCAGGGACAACCCCUGAGGCCACAGAGGAACCAGCGACCGAAGCUGAGCCUCCCACUCCAGAUACAACAGAAGAUGUGACCCCUGAUGCCACAGAGGAGCCAGUGACUGAAAUGGACCCAACCGAGCUGCCCCCAACACAGGACCCAACCCCUGAUGCCACCGAGGCGGCAGCAACCGACAGCGAGGCUCCCACCAGCCCCACGCCUGAGGAGACAACCCCAGAGGAACCAACAACACCACCAGAGGAGACAACAACCCCAGAGGAACCAACAACACCACCACCAGAGGAGACAACAACCCCAGAGGAACCAACAACACCACCACCAGAGGAACCAACAACACCACCACCAGAGGAGACAACAACCGCAGAGGAACCAACAACUCCUCCACCAGAGGAGACAACAACCCCAGAGGAACCAACAACUCCUCCACCAGAGGAGACAACAACCCCAGAGGAACCAACGACAGCACCACCAGAGGAGACAACAACCCCAGAGGAACCAACAACACCCCCACCAGAGGAAACAACAACCCCAGAGGAACCAACAACACCACCACCAGAGGAGACAACAACCCCAGAGGAACCAACAACACCCCCACCAGAGGAAACAACCCCAGAGGAACCAACAACACCACCACCAGAGGAACCAACAACCCCAGAGGAACCAACAACUCCCCCACCAGAGGAGACAACAACCCCAAAGGAACCAACAACUCCUCCACCAGAGGAGACAACAACCCCAGAGGAACCAACAACUCCUCCACCAGAGGAGACAACAACCCCAGAGGAACCAACAACACCAGCACCAGAGGAACCAACAACACCCCCACCAGAGGAAACAACCCCAGAGGAACCAACAACACCACCACCAGAGGAGACAACAACCCCAGAGGAACCAACAACACCACCACCAGAGGAACCAACAACACCACCACCAGAGGAGACAACAACCGCAGAGGAACCAACAACUCCUCCACCAGAGGAGACAACAACCCCAGAGGAACCAACAACUCCUCCACCAGAGGAGACAACAACCCCAGAGGAACCAACAACACCCCCACCAGAGGAAACAACAACCCCAGAGGAACCAACAACACCACCACCAGAGGAGACAACAACCCCAGAGGAACCAACAACACCCCCACCAGAGGAAACAACAACCCCAGAGGAACCAACGACAGCACCACCAGAGGAGACAACAACCCCAGAGGAACCAACAACUCCCUCACCAGAGGAGACAACAACCCCAGAGGAACCAACAACUCCUCCACCAGAGGAGACAACAACCCCAGAGGAACCAACAACUCCUCCACCAGAGGAGACAACAACCCCAGAGGAACCAACAACACCAACACCAGAGGAGACAACAACCCCAGAGGAACCAACAACACCCCCACCAGAGGAAACAACAACACCCCCACCAGAGGAAACAACCCCAGAGGAACCAACAACACCAACACCAGAAGAGACCACCCCAGAGGAACCAACAACACCCCCACCAGAGGAGACAACCCCCACUCCAGAAGAGACAACAACCCCAGAGGAGCCGACAACACCACCACCAGAGGAGACAACAACCCCAGAGGAGACGACAACACCAACACCAGAGGAAACAACUCCAGAGGAGCCGACAACACCAACACCAGAGGAGACAACCCCAGAGGAACCAACAACAACACCACCAGAUGAGACAACCCCAGAAGAAGCAACAACACCAACACCAGAGGAGACAACCCCCCCACCAGAGGAGACGACAACACCAACACCAGAGGAAACAACUCCAGAGGAGCCGACAACACCAGCACCAGAAGGGACCACCCCAGAGGAACCAAUAACACCAACACCAGAGGAGACAACAACCCCAGAGGAGCCCACAACUCCUAAACCAGAAGACACAACCCCAGAGGAACCAACAACCCCCCCACCAGAGGAGACAACCCCAGAAGAACCAACAACACCAGUGCCAGAGGAGACAACGCCAGAGGAACCAACAACACCAACCCCAGAGGAGCCCACAACUCCUAAACCAGAAGAGACAACCCCAGAGGAGCCAACAACACCAACACCAGAGGAGCCCACCACCCCCAAACCAGAGGAGACGACCCCAGAGGAGCCCACAACUCCUAAACCAGAGGAGACAACCCCAGAGGAGCCCACAACUCCUAAACCAGAAGAGACAACCCCAGAGGAGCCCACAACUCCUAAACCAGAAGAGACAACAACUCCUAAACCAGAAGAGACAACCCCAGAGGAGCCCACAACUCCUAAACCAGAAGAGACAACAACUCCUAAACCAGAGGAGACAACCCCAGAGGAGCCCACAACUCCUAAACCAGAGGAGACCACAACUCCUAAACCAGAGGAGACCACAACUCCUAAACCAGAGGAGACAACCCCAGAGGGGCCCACAACUCCUAAACCAGAAGAGACAACCCCAGAGGGGCCCACAACUCCUAAACCAGAAGAGACAACCCCAGAGGAGCCCACAACUCCUAAACCAGAAGAGACAACAACUCCUAAACCAGAAGAGACAACCCCAGAGGAGCCCACAACUCCUAAACCAGAGGAGACAACCCCAGAGAAGCCCACAACUACUAAACCAGAAGAAACAACCCCAGAGGAGCCCACAACUCCUAAACCAGAAGAGACAACCCCAGAGGAGGCCACAACUCCCAAACCAGAAGAGACAACCCCAGAGGAGGCCACAACUUCCAAACCAGAAGAGACAACCGCAGAGGAGUCAACAAUGGCAGACUCUCCCACUACCCCUAAACCUGAAGAAACAACUGCAGAAGAACCUACAACCAAGGCAGACUCUCCCACCACCCCUGAAAUAGAGGAUGCUGACUCCCCAACCACCCCUGCAGCCCCUGAGGCCACUAAAGUCACGGCUUCUCCAAGUAGUGCUGCACCCACAACAGUUGGGAAGGACUCCCCCACAACUGGGGCAGGGACAAUGCUUUCAGAUACCACAAUGGAGAUCAAGGAGACAACAACACCAAAGAAAGACAGAACUACUCUGCUUAAAGACAUUUUCACAGCUGCAACUGGGAAAGACACAGUUACUGUAGCUAUGGUGACAACAGCUAAACCAGGUGAUUCUCCUAAAGGUAUGGAUGAUAUUCCAAAUGCAGCUCCUAUGGCCAAGGAUUCUGUCACUGCAGCAACUGAAUCAGAAACAACUUCUACAGACACCAAGACUGCAACAACAGCAGCCACAGCUCCCUUGCCCAGUCAAACUGUGCUGGUAACAACCAUCAAGGAAGAUUCAACUCCUCAGCCCAGUGAGGCUGUAACACCAAAAGAAAAAGAGACAGAUACAGACACUGAGCAGGCUGGGCCAGCAGCAGACAAAGAGAGCCCAGGUGCUGCUUGUGUUAUUGUGGAGAUGACAACAGCGGGUAAAAAAGAGGAAACGACCAUUAAAGAAAUGGGCACUACACCUGAAAAAGAAAUGGAAGACGUCACUGAAAAGGCCCCUGGUACUGCCAAAGAAGAGGUAACUACAGUUACCAAAGAAACCACAACAAGGGACAAAAAGGACACAAUAGAAGAAAUGUAUCUUGUGUCUAAUGGGACAUCCAAGCCAACAAUACAUUUUCAGGAGGUCACUGAGGCUGCAGAAGAACCUCAUCCAACUGAACCUGAAACUCUGCCAGCAAAAGAAGAGCCCGAGAUAAACAAGCCUUUAAUACAAGCUGGGGACCUGCCAAUGUUCCCUGGAGAAACACCAGAGAGGAACGACGAGAAGGACCUGUGCAGCGGCAAGCCAGCGGACGGCAUGGUGGCCCUGCCCAAUGGCACCCUGGCCGUCUUCCGAGGUCACUAUUACUGGCUGCUGAACGGCCGGAGCCCGCCGACCACCAACCCGCGCCGGAUCACCGAUGGCUGGGGCAUCCCCUCGCCCAUCGACUCCGUCUUCUCCAGGUGCAACUGCGAUGGAAAAACCUUCUUCAUCAAGGGUCCCCUGUACUGGCGCUUCACUAAUGGUGUUAUGGAUAAUGGCUAUCCCAAACCUCUCGCAACUGGAUUUGCAGGGUUAAGUGGGAGAAUAGUAGCAACCCUCCCUGUGGCAAGAUACAACACCAGACCAGAAUCUGUUUAUUUUAUCAAAAGAGAUGGGAACAUGCAGCAGUACGUGUACAGACAAGAGCCAGCCAAGAAGUGUCAAAGAAGACCCCAGGUCACCAUCAGAUACCCAGCCUUUGUCCCCAGAAUUGUCAUCCGGCGGCGCUUCCAGCGUGCGGUGCGAAUGCCGACCAUCAUCCGCACCGUCAGGAUCAACCCCCACCCCUCUGGAGUUCUGCGCAAGGAAAUCCAAAUGACAACGUACUGGCGAGGGCUCCCGAAGGUUGUCCACUCAACUCUCUCCAUACCCAACCAGAACAAGCCCGAUGGCUACGACUACUACGCCUUCUCUUACAAUCGGUACUACAGUUUGGAUAUUGGCAAAAGAAUAGCACGGCCUGUUACUGCUCUCACAGGCAAGACUGUAACCAAAGACUGGUACAACUGUCCCAGCAAGUGAUGUACAGCAGAGAAGUUAAAUCAAGAUGUCACUUGGAUGUCAAUGUUUUUUUCUAAUUUUAUUAAUAAAAGACAAUGAAAUAUGUGCACA